AUGGCCUAUUUUGAACUUGACCUUGAGAGGCCCCCAGAGGUUAUCCAGCUCAAGGGGAUUACAGUCUCCCGGUCCAACAUUUUGAUGGUGCUUCUCGGACUGUUCUGCCUCUAUACUGGUCUUCAUAUCGCCCGGACAUCCUGGAAGCUGAGGCACUUCCCUGGUCCCUUUGUGGCUCAGUUCACAGAUGUAGGAAGGCUCUGGUGGGUCAAAAGCGCUCGUUCGCACCACUACCAUAUGGCCUUCCAUGAUCGCUAUGGGGAAUAUGUCCGGUUAGGACUGAGUAUGGUAUCGAUCUCGGACCCGGAUGCUAUUGCUCUGGUGUACCCGAUUCGCGCAGGGCUCUCAAAGAGUGAUUUCUACCGGUCAAUGAUGCCAUAUACAAGAGAGGGCUACGCACUGCGGCUUUUGUUCAACACGCGCGAUGAAACCCUCCAUAAGAGACUGAAGUCUCCUGUUGCUCAUCUGUAUUCCUUGUCAAAUGUCCUGACAUUUGAGAACUUCAUCGACCAGGUCCUGGAGAUCCUCUUUCGGCAAUUUGAGGAACGCUUUGUUCCUGGACAGACGGUAUUUGAUCUAGGGAACUGGUUGCAGUACUUUGUAUUUGAUGUCAUGGGGACUAUGUCUUUCUCCCGGCGAUAUGGAUUUCUUGAGAAGGAGAGAGACGACCCGGGGCUGCUUCCCGCUAUUUGGGCUUUUAUGAAGGCUGCUGCGCCAGUCACGCAAAUCCCAUGGGUCGAUUUACCGAUCAUGAAUGUUGUGCUGUCAAGAAUCAAUGAACGGCGAGAAGAACUGCGCAAUCGCGCAAGUUUCUUGGAAAAGGUCGACGAGAAGGACUUUCUAUCUCGGUUUAUGUGUAUCCAAGCGGAAAGCGACACAAUUCCACCUUGGGCUGUGACAGCGUGGUCUUUCUCUAACGUGAUUGCGGGUUCAGACACCACCGCUGUGGCCAUGAAGACACUUUGGUAUAACUUGCUACGGCAUCCAAUAACGAUGUCUCGCUUACGCGAGGAGCUUCUCCAAGCCCGGCGGCAGUCCAGAUUAUCUCACCCAUUCCCAGCAUGGAACGAGAUCUUUGGAUUACCCUACCUUAACGCCUGUGUGAACGAAGCACUCCGGAUACACCCACCAUUUUGUCUCCCCUUCGAACGAAUUGUUCCCGAAAGAGGCAUGACGAUUGGUGGUCAUUUCAUCCCCGGUGGAACAGUGAUCGGGAUGAACCCAUGGGUAAUCAACCGCCAUCGCCCCACAUUCGGCGAAGAUGCGGACGCCUGA